AGAAGCCUCCUAUCUAUCGGGGCAUUGAGUCAAAUGGUGGAUGUGUCAUGAAUCGCUUCUUCCUCCUUGAACUUCACUUUCCAACCUUUUGAUCGUCAACCAUUGCCAAAUAUCUCACGAUUAUCGAAUUCCGGCUCGGUAUUUGUCUUGAUUCAGUCACUAAGAAGUUAUUGAAUUGACCGUUCGUCUUGUUUCAAACAUUUCUACCAUUCUCUACCUCGUUAUCUCGUGAUAACUUCCGCUUUGAGUCCCUUAUCGCAGCGAUGGCAAUCUACAGCGCAGUUCCGCCCCCUCCCGAAGUAUCCGCCACUACGGCGAACUCGAAUCAGGAGCAACAGUAUCACCAACAGCAGCAGCAGCAGCAGCAGCAGGGACCACAAGAUUUGCCCGGUGCAACAGCAAAUCCCUCUUCUAGCGGAGUUGAUGUCGAAGCAUGGACAAUUUCUGCACUCGAAUCUCUGAACGUGGCUUCCGUCGCUCGUGGUACUGGUAUCCCCUUAUCCUUUCCCGUGGAGGACUCCUUGAAUAAGGUGUUUGUAACCAUCCAAGAUUCUCGUACCAAGUCUACCGCGAUUACCCCACCGCAACAUCCACUAGCCCAUCGAGACAGUCAACGCAGACGAGAGGCAUUGUUGAAGGGGAAGGAGGGCAGCCGACAGCGACGACGAUGGGAAAAUGACCAUUUCUUACAUGUGCCCAACGCACAACCUCCCGAGCCCUUCGACUGGGAGCCACGCCCGCUGCAUCCUGUGAAUCAUGUGCCUUACCAUAUUGCGGCUUAUUGGGACAUGCGAGUUUGCGCACAAGUUGAGACUAAGCGAGCCACCGCAGUCCGUCGCAAGCAAAUGCAGACGCGAACGCUAGGAGACGAGCAUGUAGCCGGGAGAGUGCCCCGCGAGCUAUUUCAGCGUGCCAAGAAAACCCCCGCGGUCAAAACAUGGGUCCGCUCGCUUGAGGAACCCGUACGCCGAUAUCUCGUCGAGCAGGAAUUAGCCAAAGAGCCUGAGAGCUCUGAAGAUGACCCGGACACCGAGGACGAAGAAAUAGUAUUCGUCGGUCGCGAUGGCAAUAUGCGAGAUGGCUGGAAGAAGGCUAAGCGAGAAACGAAAAGUGGAGCUGAAGACGAGGGCAUGAUUUUCGAUGCCUUGAGCGAUGACGCUGACAGUGCAUUCAGGCGAUGGAUUACGCAUUCUAUUUCUGAUUACUAUGGCCUGAACUCUCGUUCGGUCCUCGUAGGUAACCCGCAGCGCAAAGUAGUAUAUGUUCAGAUGAAGACUGGGCAUGCGCCACCUGUGAAAACUGACCUUCCAAGACCUCUUUGGGAGCUUUGCUGAUAGGUUUAGUUGACUCGGCUUAUAUACUUUCUUUCGCCGUCUUUGCAUCCAGGCUGGACCAUAGAACAGCUGAUUUAUAUGCGUAUACAUUAGAGGAUGUUCAGUAAACCACAGCGAGACAAGUAGCUACUUCAAUGUUACUAGUUUACCUAGGUAUUAAACUCCUAUUCUCCGCUAGUACGGGC